AUGCCGCUGCCCCGGUGCCUGUCGGCGAUCGGGAGCGGCGUCCUGAGGCGCAUCCGGCUGUCUCCGGGUCGGCCUGACCGCAUCGGGUGGGCGGGGGCGCUGGGCGCCAGGGGGAUCGCGGAGGGCGCGUUCCUGGGCAGGGCGGAGGUCACCGAUCGCGUGAUCGCCGUCGUCAAGAACCACGAGAAGGUGGAUCAAUCCAAGGUUAACCCUACCUCCAGCUUCCAGAAGGACUUGGGUCUGGACAGUUUGGAUCAAGUAGAGGUCGUGAUGGCCUUCGAGGAGGAGUUCUGCAUCGAGAUCCCUGAUAGCGAAGCAGACAAGAUCGGUGGCACCGAGGACGCAAUAAACUAUGUGUGCAACCACCCCAUGGCCAAGUGA